AUGGAUGAUUUAUACGAGGAAGCGUUGCGUGAAACGGAUUUCGCGAUUGAAAAUGAGACAGGGCCGCGAACACCAAUCGGACCGAUUCCUAAAGAUCAGCCAGAUUAUGUGGAAAUUGAAGAGGCGGAAGCGGAAGCGGAAGAAAUUGUUGCGGAAGAGGAUGCGGAAGACGCGGAAGAAGAAGAAGUUGAGGAUAAACCCCUUUGGAAAAAUCGAAAAGAAAGCAGGUUUGGAAAAAAAUGAAAAAAAUAAAAAGAGAACAACGAGACUCCGCGUUGAUGACACCGCGCCGCGCGUCUUUUUUUUUUUAAUUUAAUUUUUUCCCGCAUUUUUUUCAUGCUUGAAAACUGGUUUUUUCCCUGCAAAUUUCCAUUUUCCCCAAAAAAAUAAAAAAAAUUGCAAAAAAAUAAAAAGAAAACAACGAGACUCCGCGUUGAUGACACCGCGCCGCGCGUUUUUUUUUCAAAUUUAUUUAUUUUUCCUGAUUUUUAAACGUAUUUUUUUGCAGAUCUCCAUCUCCAAAACGCCUUCGCCGCCACCAAAAUCGAUCGCGAACUCGAAGUUCAAGUCGAGGAACUUAUGAGGGUUUCGAGUAUAUAUUUUUGUUAACUUAGCCUAUUUUAUUUUAUUUUAUCCCAUUUUUUUCCAAUUUUUUUCAAACUGACGUUGUUCAGUAAGUAACUUCUAGGGAUCUAUGACAGAAUUUUCAAAAAUGCCACGUAGAAAACUAAAAUUCCAUAAACUUUCCAGGGUUCCACUUCCGGAAGAAGAAUUUCCUUAUUUUUGCAAAGCUUGUCGACGUGGAUUUUAUACGAUUCGAGAACUCGCGGAGCAUGAAAUCAGGCUUCAUAAGAUUGAAAUCGCGUGUGUAGAGUGUGAAAAGGUGAGCUGAAAAUCUGAAAAUCGCUGAAAAUUGCUGAAAAUCAAUAAUUCCACGAUUUUCAACACAAAAUUCUGAUCUAGAAAAAUAUUCCUGAAUUUUUCACUGUUUCAAAAAUUCAUUGAAUAUUUUGGAUCUAAAAAAAGAACAUUCUGCAUUUUUCUAAUUACUUAAAUUUUGUGCUGAAAAUCUGGAAAAUCUGGAAAUUGCUGAAAAUAAAGAAUUCCGCAAUUUUGAGGUCAAAAUUCUGAUCUAGAAAAAAAUUUCAUGAAAUUUUCACUGUUUCAAAAAUUCAUUGAAUAUUUUGAAUAAAAAAAAAGAACAUUCUGCAUAUUUCUGUAAACUCAAAUUUUGCGCUGAAAAUCUGAAAAUCGCUGAAAAUCAAUAAUUCCAUGAUUUUCAGCACAAAAUUUCAGUCUAGAACUGGUUGACGAUAUUAAAAAACAAUAUUUUUCAAAAAAAAAAAACAAAAACAAAAAUAAUCGCGGCGAGACCCUGUGUGUUUCAGGUGUUGCGCCUUUAGAAAAACUACGGUAUCAUUAUUUUUUUUCGAAUUUUUAAAAAUGUGGGUCUCGCAGCGAUUGAAAAUUGACGAGCGGGAAAACCUUUGAAUUCAAAUUUUUUCCAGAAAUCCAAAUCAGUCUCCAAACUCGCCGCUCAUAUUCUCUAUCGUCACCCAAACAAACCUGUGAUCUGCUAUUAUUGCGAUGAAAAAUACGGCGAAAUUGCGGAAGAUCUUUCAAAAUCCACGUGGGAAUCGUUCCGCGAGCAUGUUUACAAAGAAAUCGUGAAGAAACAAAUGUAUAAACAUUCUACGAAGCUUGGAGGAAAUUCUGGAAGUGGGAACACUGAAGCUAUGCGUGGCGUUGGCAAAUGUCCUCAUGGUCCCCCAGUGAAAUGCAAAAAUUUCCCGAGUUGUCCGGGAGCCAAGUGUAUUUAUGCGCAUGGUACUUGUAGAUAUGACUCAACUUGCAACAAAACAUCGUGCCCCUUUGAUCAUUCACAUCGACCAAGGACUUGUAUGACUUGUAUAAAUGAUAUGAAAGUGAGUUUUGCAAAAAAAAAUAAAAAAAAUAAAAAAAAGUUGCAUCGACCGGGAAUCGAACCCGGGCCGCCCGCGUGGCAGGCGAGCAUUCUACCACUGAACCACCGAUGCUUGCGAACACAGUGUUUUUGCCUUGUGGGUACUAUCACACACACUUCGCCCUCCUAUACUUGAAAGUAUAUUUUUGUAUAUUUUAUACAUAAAGUAUAUUUUUUUUACACGUUGGGUAUACUUUUUCAAAAAGUAUAAAAUACGUGUAAAAUUUUAUCAUCAAUAAAUUCAGUUUUUUGAUUCCUGACGGUUUGAUGAUAUCAAAAGGAGACAUUUGAUUAAUUUUCGCCUAAGGUUUUCACACUAUAGAGUGGAGAUUCGAAAGUUUUAGCAAAAGUAUACUUUAAGUGUAUUUUUCAGUAUACUUUCAAAAAAGGUAAAUUGGCCUAGAAAAUUUUUUUGAUCACAGACCACUGGAAAUCGCAUGAAUGGCGAAAAUAACAAAAAUCUCGAAAAAGCGAUAAGCCACGCCCAUUUUACACGUUAAACAUAGCACCUCGCACAACCCGCGAGGUGUCCGUCACUCAAUUUAUAUAAGUAGUGGGCGCCACGAGGAGGAGGGUAAAUCAUAUUUUAUGAUUGAAACGCCAUUUUUGUGCACCAAACUUGGUUUUUCGCAAAUUUUGAACAACUUACAGUCGUGUAAAAGCUGUUUGAGCAAUUUACUAAAUUUACAAAAACUCCUAAAGAUGUUUCUCGAUUUUUCCAAAAAUUUACUUUUUUAUCCAAAAAAGUAUACUUUUAUUUAUGCCAUAGCAUAUUUAAAAUGUACUUAAAGUAUAUCAGUGCGAAAAUCGCUGAUUUUAUUUUAAAUACACUUAAAGUAUAUCCUGGCGAGGUGUGUGUGAUAGUACCCCUACUGUGAUUUAGGGGUGCAAUAGGGGUGAUUUUUACCCCUAUUGCACCCCUAUUGCACCACUAAUUGGUAGGGGUUAUUUAGUGGUGUUCAUUUGAGAAAACCCAAAAAGUACAAACUAAUCUAAAGGUUCUGGAAUUGUUGUCUGAAAAAUUUCAUUUAGAAAAACGUAAAUUUGAAAAAGUUAUCAACUUUUUAAUUUUCGAGUUUAGGGGUCGUGUAGGGGUUGAAUAGCGGUCCCGACUCUGUGAAAAUUUUUGCAUCUCUAAAACAGUGAAAAUGCACAUUUCUUGCUAUAUAAACACACACAAUGCUUCUAAGAGCAUUUAUUGGCUCCUAACAAUGAAUGCUGGUCAAAAAUCAUCAUUUUUUCACUCCGAGAGAAGUCCACGAAAAGUGAGACAAUAUAUAUUAAAUUUAUAACCAUUUUGUUCGUCUUGACAUUUUGAAUUCAAUGGUGUAUGUCAUUUCCUCCAAAAAAUGAUAUUUUAAUGCGCGAAAAUGAAAAGUAAAGGCGCAUGGAAUUUAUCACAUUGGUCUCGCAGCGUGUUUGCUUGUGUGUACUUCUCGCGGACGAGUGGCGUCAAAAAUUUACUCAGAGAAAGCCGGCGACUAAUCGGCGACCAACAAGUUCGUCGCAAGUUCGUCGGCGAAAAUAGUGUGUGUUUCCCGGAGACGCAGACGAAAAAGUUUCAGGCGACUAAUCGGCGACUAAUCGGCGACUAACUUAUGAUUGGUCGCCGAUUAGUCGCCUGAAACUUUUUCGUCUGCGUCUCCGGGAAACACACACUAUUUUCGCCGACGAACUUGCGACGAACUUACGAUUGGCAGACGAUUAGUCGCCUGAUCUCGAUUCGUCGUAAGUUCGUCGCCGAUUAGUCGCCGGCUUUCUCUGAGUUUUUUCGUUUUUUUUCGUUUGUUUUGUUUGUUUCGCGUUUUAUGGAGAAAUCGAGUGUUCAAAGCUGCGAAAAGUUUAUAAAACAUGUUCCCCGCCUAGGAACAAGCAAGAAAUUCCAGCAGAACUCCGAAAUUCACACAUUGAGCAUGAUUUUAGGCCGAAAACUAAAAAAUGUGGUGUUUUUCAUAAUAAAAAAGGCUAUUCUCAGAUUCAUUAUGUAAUUUAACAUUUUAAUGAGUUUCAAUGGAAAAAUCCUUCUCAGAGUUAAAAAUUGAACUGCCUUAUGUCUAAUUUCUUCAUUCUCGUGUUUCUCAUACGUUAUAAUUCACUCGUAAUACGAUUUUUUAGAGCUUGCUCCAAAAAGAAGGCUUUCGCCAAGUGCGUCAAUGAACGGCAAGAUGAAAAUGGAAAGAAACUCAUCGAAGCCAACUUCUCAUCGAUUCAUCUCACACACACUCAGGUUUGUUGACUUGAAUAUGAAAGGUUGAAUUGGAAUGGUUCUUCAUUUUCAGAUGAAGUUCAAACACUGUCAAAAGACAGCGCAUUUGGUCAACGGAGGAACCAUCGCUCAAAGCUCGACUGGACUGAUGAACAACUAA